UUGGAGCGAGUCACGGCGGUGGAGGAUCAGUGGGGAGGGACCGAGGAGGGCACACGGCGCUCACUGCCGGAGGAGCAUCGCGUUCAUCGUGGACUCGACUGGUUUCCAGCUCCUGAUUAGUGGAAUCUAUGAGCAAAGCAAGAAGCCUUUAGGUCCAAUGGAAUCUGAAUUUUACUGGAUUAAAGUCUGGCUCCCUUGUUUCGCCUCAGCUGAAGAGCGGAGAAAGAACAUCGCAUCUGCUUUUUGCUCCUAAAUGCUUUGCCGUUACUUGAGGAGAGUCAUCUGAAUCCUUGUGAGGAACAUGGAGAACCCGGUCCUGGAGCCCAGAUCAGAGCGGAUCGCCCGCUACAAGGCCGAAAGGAGGCGGGAACUGGCCGAGCGCUACGGCACUAUAGAGGAGCUUCCUUCCAAGUGGGUGAGGAGGGACGAGAAAGAGGUGCACGAACCGGCGACCCAAACCCACUCAGACGGCCUCAGUGACAGAGUGAACGGCAGAACUCGAGAGGUUACUAAUGGACUGGAGGGAGACGCUGCUGCAGAGUCCAACUACAUGAUGAGGCAGGGUUGCCAGGACUCUGCCAGCAUGCUGAGUGGGGAGGGUCACAUGGUCGGACUGGACGCCCCGCAGCUCCGCACUCGGGUGUCGGUGGGCCAGUUGAGAAGCGCCCUCCUGCAGCAGACGGAGAGCGCAGCGCAGCCCGAGAAAGCCUGCCCCACGUCCUCCCUGGACCUGGCCAUGAAGCCGGGCUCCGAGGGCGGCCGGCGACGCACCCGGCGCUACGUCCCCGGCGGGUCGGGUGUCUCGCGCAAGAGCGGUGAGCGCUUCAGGACGCAGCCGAUCACGGCCAAUGAGAUGGAGGAGAGCAGCGGGCUCCUGGAUGCAGAGGAAGAGGAGAACGGUAAAGCCGAUGUGAAAACAGACGACAGAGCCAAAAUGAGCGUGGCAGCCAAGAUGUCUUUGUUUAAAGAGCUGGAGAAGUCGUCUGCCCCGGAAGCCUCGGCCUUCCUGAAGCCUCGCUCCGGCAGCGUCAGUCACGAACGCAGGACGCGGCGAGGCAACGACCAUCGCUUCCUCACUCAGCCAAUCACCUGCGAGGAAAUAGUGGCAAUCAGCGCUCCCAAACCGGCUCCUCCAGCUGAGGUCGAGUCUGUGCAGAACGAGUCGGUGGAAGAUGAUGAUGAGAGCUGCAAGCUGAGCAUGAGCGAGAAGCUGGCCCUCUUCAACAAACUGUCCCUGCCUGGGAGGCAAGCAGCCCCGGACGGACCCCCGGAGAGACGGAGGCAGAAGGGGGCUCGGUACCGAACGCAGCCCAUCACUGUGGAGGAGGUCAGCCUGCUCCAGAAAGGCCCCGUUCAGCUCCCUGCCUUCAGUUUGACCCCUCAUCUGUCCGACAGACAGCAGGCUUUGUCUGUCAACCUGAAACCCAGUGAGCUUCGUCUUUCACAGCCAAGACUGGACCCCGGCUCCGGCCUCGACCCCGGAGAGCCCGGUCCGCCCCAGCAGGCCCCGCAGCGCUGUGACUCUGAGCCCAGCCUGAAGGGAAUCCUGAAGAAGAGCCGCUCUGCAGCCUCGGACUGGAGCCGGACGGACGGCGGUCAGGUCGAACAGAACGGUGGAGGCUGCGGAGAAGAAACACACCAGAGGACGGAGGGAACUGAGAGGCAGGAGAUUUGUGCAGCACCACGGAGGCAGAGACGUGAAGCCUCGGCUGGGGAGGGAGGCUCACUGACCGCUGCUCCCUGGAGGCAGAGGGCUCGAAACAGGAGGGAAACUAUCGCCUGUACGCCGAUAAGAACCCUGUCGGAAUCGGACGCUCCUCAGGAGGACAGUCCCUGCCAGAGCAAACUGCAUGAACAGAACAUCUCCUCUGUGGAAAGCAGCUUAGAAAUGACUGGGAGAGUCCAGCAAGACGAAGAGCCAGAGAGUGUAAAGAACUCGGCUGAAGAACCCACAGCUAAAGGACACGUCCAGGUCACUGCAGUCGAUUGCGCGCCUAAACUGCAGGAGUCAAGAAGCAGAAGUAAGGGAGAAUCAGAAAACUCUCAUCUCGAGUGCUGGGAGCCAGUCUUUGCCUCUGUCUAUUCUAACAAUACGCCCCAAUAUAUCAUGUGUUUCAAUCAGACCAACUUGUCCUUCGAGGCACAAGAAGUCUCGUCUCCUACAAAGAACCUGAAUCAGCCUCAGUGGAGACAGAAGACUAAAGGAGGUGAGCCUGAGCUUCAGAUGGUCGAAGCUGAAGAAAUAAUCACACAGCAGGAAAGCACAGAGCAGGAGGAUGGAUGUACAGCCAUGAGAAGUCUUGAAUCAGACAGAAAUGAUGUCUGUCUAAACAACAGACCCUCCACUGAGGCUCCUUCAAGCACAUAUGAAGCUCCACAGAGCUCCUCGCUCUCUGCAGCUCCUCAGGAGGUGAAGGAGGAGACGCCGGUGGAUGAAUCAAACGCAUUCGAUGGAGGUUUCUACAGCGAACAGUCGCCUCCUGCUGCCUGCGGACCCUCGGCUGAUUGUGAUGUCGCUGCUGCAGAGAGUCAGCAGGACCUGAGCGUCCUCUGCCAAACCAACACACCCAUACUGAGCUCAGCAGUAGCAGAACACCGGCGGUCAGUGCGUCCGUCCCGUCGGACUCAGGGCUCCAGAAACCCUCUGAGGGCUCUGGCAGCCAGAGAGGACAUCAGGCAGGACUACAUGGGAGAAAGAGUCAACACAGCUGCCGAGGAAAGGGUCCAAGCAGAGAACAAGCGUAAGAACUCCUCUGCUGCAGAUUCAGACUUCACCUCGUCCCCAGACCAGGCGACCAAAUCACAUCCUCCCUUCAGCAGCCUGAUGCUCGUUCACAUCAAAGGUAGGCGGCGUGUCCAGGCCCGUCUGGUGGAGCCCUCGGCCCGGUCGCUGAACAGCGGAGACUGCUUCCUGCUGGUCACUGCAGAGCACUGCAUCCUGUGGAGCGGAGAGUUUGCCAACGAGCUGGAAAAAGCCAAGGCCUCGGAGCUGGUUUCCUUCAUCCAGAGUCAGAAGGACCUUGGAUGUCAGGCCUCCCAGGUUGUCCAUCUGCAGGAGGGAUUGAACUCUGACAGUAGUGUGGCUGCAGACUUCUGGAGUCUUCUGGGAGGAAGAACGCAGUACAGAGGAGCCGGUGCACCAGAAGAGGAUGAGCUCUAUGAGAGCGGUGUGGUGGAGUCUAACUGUGUUUACCAGCUGGUGGAGAACCGACUGGUGCCUCAUGAACAGGGCUGGGCCUCCCUCCCCAGCGUCUCCCUGCUGGGCUCCUCUGAGGCGCUGGUGUUUGAUUUCGGCAGUGAGGUGUAUCUGUGGCUUGGACAGGAAGUUUCCCUCGGGAGGAGGAACGUUGCUCUGCAGCUGACUCACCAAGUGUGGGCUGGAGCUUAUGACUACAGCAACUGUCGAGUCAACCCACUGGAUCCCACUCAGAGCAACCCCAGCAUUCAGCUGAGGGGAGAAGGCCGACCCGGCUGGGCUCUGUUCGGCGUCCUCUCUGAGGGAACCGAGACGAUCCUGUUCAGGGAGAAGUUUCUGGACUGGACCUGCAGGAGUGGAGGCAGCGAGGAGGCUGAUCCAGUGAAGGAGGAGACACAGUCCAUCUCCGUUACGUCAUCUCAGCCUGAGUCUCCUCCAUUGGACUUCCUGAGUCCCUGCGACACUAAAACUCUGGUGUCGGGUCAGCCAUCGGAGGGAGACGGUUCGGUCCACACGGUGCUGGCUGGAGUCGAUGUCCAGAGAGGUCACGGCGUCAUCACGCUGGAGGAAGGACGUCAGAUGGAGCUGAAGACCAUGGCAGUGGACACUUGGCACGUCCAGGAGUUCGACGACAGUGAAAUCCCAGUGGAGAGCAGCGGACAGCUUCACGAAGGAGACUCCUACGUCAUCCGCUGGACGUACAGCAUCAACACUGUCGAAAACAUAAACAGCCCAGAUGAAUGUGUGAAGAGUCCAAAGGAAAACAUUGCCUUCUUCCUAUGGAGAGGUCGACACUCCAACGCCAGUGGACGAGACACUGCUGCUUUCCUGUCGAUAGGGAUGAACAACCAUGAAGAGUCACAGGUGGUUGUGCCUCAGGGAAAGGAGCCCCCCUGUUUCCUGCAGCUCUUCCAGGGAGGCCUGGUCAUUCACAAGGGGAAGCGGGAGGAAGCUUCCACUAAUGCAGCAGAAUGGCGUCUGUUCUGUGUGCGAGGGGAACUUCCAGAGGAGGGUUUGCUGUUAGAGGUGGACUGCUGCUGUACAGGUCUGAGGUCGAGGGGCUCCGCUGUCCUGCUGAACAGCCAGCAGGGGGUGCUGUAUAUCUGGAUGGGCUGUAAAUCCCACAGCAGCAUCAGAGAAGUCAGCAAGAGGACGGUGGAGCGUCUCACUCAGAUGUGUCCUCCAGAGCUGGGUCUCAGCAAAAGCAGCCCAGUGACGGUGCAGGUUGUGGAGGAAGGUUCAGAGCCUGCAGACUUCUGGACAGCACUGGGACACAUGGACAGGAAGGCCUACGACUGCAUGCUGCAAGAUCCAGGAAAGUACAACUUCACACCCCGUCUCUUCCACCUGAGCGCCUCUUCUGGGAGUUUCAAGGCCGAAGAGCUCAAGAGUCCAACACGACUGCCAGGACUCGUGAUGGCGAUGCCCUUCGUUCAGGAGAGCCUGUUCUCUGUACCAGAGCCAGCCCUGUUCCUGCUCGACAACCGUCUGGAGGUCUACUUGUGGCAGAGAGGUCAGCCGGAGCAAACGGAGAGCUCGGCUUCAGCCUGGAGCCUCUGGCAUGAUGAGAGGAAGUGUGCCAUGCAGACGGCACUGCAGUACUGCAAAGAGAUGAACCCGAGAAGACCCCCGCAGGCCUACCUCAUCUUUGAGGGGUCUGAACCUCUCACCUUCACUAAUGUGUUCCCCCGCUGGGAGAGAAGCCUGGGACCCCAAACACAGGGCGACGCAGGCCGAGUGAAGCUGACCUUGGUGCAGGACGCCCUGGCCCAGCUCAUGAAGACCCAGUUCCCCCUGGAAGAGCUGCUGCGGAGCCCCUUACCUGAAGGCGUGGACCCCCAGCACCUGGAGGUCUACCUGUCCGACCAGGACUUCCAGACGAUUAUGGAAAUGAAGAGAGAUGAAUAUGCCUCCCUCCCGGGCUGGAAGCAAAUUGAUCUGAAGAAAAGCAAAGGGCUGUUUUGUUAGACAUCGAGUCUGACUGAUGCUCCGGCAGCGGGAGCUUCAUCCUCCGCUGAGGUCACGUCAGCUGCUGCACAAAGAACUGCUCACAACGUCAUAAAAAGAAGAAAAAUCACUUUUAUUUAUGUCAGAUUAGUGUGUGGACUUUUUAUCGGACAUGGAUUUCUCUGUAGCUACCAGACGGUUCAGAGCAAAAAAACAAACAAACAAACAAAAAAAAAGACAUUUUCCUAUGAAACGUAAUUGUGUCUGUACAAAUCAGCGAAAGAUAAAAAAAAAUAAUAUAUGUGGGAGUAAAGGAAGGAUAUCAGUAACAAACUGUGGGAUAAGAAUGAGGAAAAAGAGUGCUUACAAAAAAAGAUCAAUGCUAAUAAACAAUGUAAACAAACACAAAACAGAAGGCUAAACGUUCUCUGAAUGUUUCCCGCUCGAUCGGUAUUUUUCCACCUGUGCAGAGUUGCAGUUUCACUUCGAUUAAUCAAACAAAACUGCUGCUCUUCUUCCUGUACUUGAUGAUUGUCACGGAAAUGUCAGUGUGUUUGGCAGCAUUAUCCAUACUGUGAGUUUUACAAUCGUGUGUUCACUUGUGCUUGACGCCAUGUGUGUUGCUGCAGCCGAGGUCGACGUGUUGAUGCCUUAUUAGGGCUCCUUGGGGAUUCACUAUUAGCUAUGCAUGAAGGACCUGGUAGACAUGCUCCAAUAACAUCCCUCUGGCCCAGAACAACACGUUAAUUCUGUUUCACCUCAAUCAGCGCAUGCUUCAGGUAAUGCUCACGACACACAAAGACGUACUGUAUCUCUGAAUAAGAACGCUUCGACAUCUCUGAACGGAAAACCCAUCUGUGUAACACUUGUACCACUGAGCUCACGGUGACGUCUGUAAAAUUCUUGGUCUGCUUUCA